AUGACAAAGUUGAAAGACCCCGUGUUGCUGUAUUUCUACAUCACGUUGCUAAGAGACCCCAUGUCAAGAUACCUGAGCGAGUGGCGGCAUCAGAGACUUGGCCAACACUGUAAAGACGCCAAACUGCAAUGUGACGGGAAAAGGGUCGAGCUCUUUGACAUCCGCCCGUGCUUCUACGACACCUGGCAUGGCGUAUCGCUUGACGAGUUCAUGGAAUGCAGGGACAAUCUGGCAGUGAAUCGACAGACGCGCAUGAUUGCAGAUGUGACGAAGAGCAAGUGCUACUAUAGGAGGGGCAUCACUCCAGAGAAAAGGACAGAGGCUCAGUUGGAGAGUGCAAAACAGAAUCUACAACAAAUGCCGUUCUUUGGACUCACAGAGCGACAGACUGAGACACAACAUAUGUUUGAGAAAACGUUUGGUCGGAAGUUCAAAACGAGCUUCACAUAUUUGAAUGAUGCUGAAGAAGAGGAUAUGAUCUCGGAGGACGAAUUUGUGCACUUGAUGCAGCACAUUGAGCUGGACAUGCAACUGUAUCUGUACGCGGCGGAACUCUUUAAGGAAAAAUUGAGGACUGUGAUUUAA